CGCUUACCAUGGAGUCGAAGGAGUUGAGAACCCAGAGUUUUCCGGAAUUGAAGAAUGACACGUUCCUGCGAGCAGCUUGGGGGGAAGACACAGACUACACUCCAGUUUGGUGCAUGCGUCAAGCUGGCCGCUACUUACCAGAGUUUAGGGAAACCCGAGCUGCCCAAGACUUUUUCAGCACCUGCCGAUCUCCUGAGACCUGCUGUGAACUGACUCUGCAGCCACUGCGACGGUUCCCUCUGGAUGCUGCCAUCAUCUUCUCCGACAUCCUUGUUGUACCCCAGGCACUGGGCAUGGAAGUGACCAUGGUGCCUGGCAAAGGACCCACCUUCCCAUCACCACUAAGGGAAGAACGGGACCUGGAACACCUACGAGAUCCUGCAGUGGCGGCCUCUGACCUGGACUAUGUGUUUCAAGCCAUCACCCUUACCCGGCAGCGGCUGGAUGGACGUGUGCCACUGAUUGGUUUUGCUGGGGCCCCGUGGACCCUGAUGACGUACAUGAUUGAAGGUGGCCCCUCCAGCACCAUGGCUCAGGCCAAGCGCUGGCUCUACCAGAGACCUCAGGCCAGUCACCAGCUACUUCACAUCCUCACUGAUAUUCUGGUACCAUAUCUAGUGGGACAAGUGGCUGCUGGUGCUCAGGCAUUGCAGCUCUUUGAGUCCCACGCAGGGCAUCUUGGUCCACAGCUCUUCACCAAGUUUGCACUACCCUAUAUCCGUGAUAUAGCCAAGCGGGUGAAGGUGGGACUGCAGGAGGCAGGCCUGGCACCUGUGCCCAUGAUCAUCUUUGCUAAGGAUGGCCAUUUUGCCUUGGAGGAGCUGGCCCAGGCUGGCUAUGAGGUGGUUGGGCUUGACUGGACUCUGGCCCCAGAGAAAGCCCGGGAGCGCGUGGGGAAGACUGUGACCCUGCAGGGCAACCUGGAUCCCUGUGCUCUGUACGCAUCUGAGGAGGAGAUCAGGCGGCUGGUGCAGCAGAUGCUGGAUGACUUUGGGCCACAGCGCUACAUCGCCAACCUGGGCCAUGGACUUUACCCUGACAUGGACCCAGAACACGUGGGGGUCUUUGUGGAUGCUGUGCAUAGACAUUCACGUCUACUUCGACAGAACUGAGCCAGUGGAUUGUACCCCAAGUGUCACCAAACAUAGACGACUGUUUCUAGAAUAAAAGCCUCACAGU